AUGCGCGCUCACAGCUGUGCGCGUUCCCGCAGAAAGGGAACUAUUGUGAACGCUCACGUGCACGCGACUCAGAAGAGAAAGAAAACGCUCCAUCACUCCGGGACCUGUGCCAAAGCAAAGCCGAGAAACACGCGUCUCAGUCCGGGUAAAAGGACAGCAGGAGACACUGAGCCGCCUGUCCGCCUCUGCUUCCCUCUUCCCGGCACUGUCCCCAGGCACCCCGCGGUCAGAGAACCACAGCCUGGAGCUUUUACCCCGGGAGCACAAAGACUUUCCCCCGCCACACCCGCCUUCAUCACGGGCACAGCGCAGUGGAGGACCGGUAACCGGAUGAGGAGAGCCAAAGCCCGUGCAACAGCAGCCCACAACACCGCUAUCUGA